CAAACGGUAGGUCACCGUAUAUUUUAUUUCGUUUCGUGAGCGAUAUGAAACCUUUUGUAGUUAUUCGGAAAUUAGAAAAUCAGGAUAAUAUACAAUGCCAAAAUGUCGUAAAAGAUUUUAUUAUGUCUGGUGCUUGGAAUGCUUUCAUAUCUUGUUUGUUUCGUGAGAUCACUCUUCAGCUAAUAGUUAUAGUAUGGGCCAUUAUGUUCAUUUUUUUCGGAAUUCCUUUGCUGAUGUGUUGCGUGGCCAUUCCAGUUGUUAUAGGAUUGAUUCUCUUUACAACAUAUGGCAGUUAUUUCAAUAAGGCAAAUGAUCUUGCCAUUCGAGGAGGAAACAAAUUAUGCUGGGUGGCAGAGGUUUAUGAACCUUAUGCCGCAAAUGGGUUGCAAAAAGGUCUGAAUAUUGAAGAAUUCUUCGAUGAUGUGCCCGGAGUGAACAAGAGUGAAGCAAAUAAAAUGAGGCGAAAAGUUAUCGGUACGAUUAGUUGCAAAAGUCAUCUAAUAUUGGAGAACUCCGGCUGGAUAUAUCGGCUAGCUGUUUGUCCCAAAUAUCCGUUUAGAGAAAUCGCCGAGCGGUUAAUUAGCCGUGUGCUUUCAAAUGCUGUAGAUAAUCAGCUUUUCACCGUCGAAACUGUUACCUCUGAAUGUGAUGAAAGUAUUCGCGAGGUAUACCUUAAAUUAGGGUUUACAUUGCGUUUAGUUUACCAUAAACAGAUCAUAGGCAACACUUUGAAAGUAAUGAAAUCUCAACUUGGAAUUGAUCCAUUUGAAUGGAACCAAAACCGAGAACAAAUCAACGUAGAAUUGCAGUGAAAUAUCGGGACUUUGCAUCAUAUCAAAAAUAUUGUACUCAUUAAAAAUUACAUAGGUAUGUAAGAUAUAUUCAUCCUUGUUUUUGUUUUCGGUUGUAUCUUACGUUCGUACGUACAGUGUAAUGCAAACGAAAUGAAAAGUAGUAUUCUUACAUUCGUUUAAAGCUAAUGAAGAUACGUUUGAAAGCUUGAAUUGAUUCUAACGAAAACAAGAAUAAGAGUGAUAAAUGGUUAGGCCGUAUACAGGACUUACCGAACUGAACUCAUGUUAUUAUAAAUUAAUGUAUUAAUUUAUAAAAAAUUUUGAUUGCUACUUGAUAAACGGUGGUUUUAG